UCUUCCUCGCAUCCAUCACCCGACGCCAUCGUCGCACAUGUCGUUUUCGUUCCACGCAGGCAACAUGAGCGACGUCGACAUGAUGUUCGACGUGGACCCGGUCCCGUUCUGCGACAUCGACAUCAGCAGCCCUGACUCGGACCUUGACCGACACGACCUCGACAUGCUCAUCAACCCAGCACACCUCCACGCGAUCAGCGGUCCCGACAUUUUUCAGUCGGCCCAUCACCAUCCACAGCUCCAUCAGCACCAACAGCAUUCCCACCAUCACAUGGGCAUGGCGCCGCCGUCUGCACCGGUGUUUGGUGGUCUGACAUCGUCUCGGUCGACGAAUGAAGCAAUCAAAGUUGAAACGUCCCGACACAUGCCGUCGGCCGCGAAUAACGGAUAUCGUAGCAAAGGGGUGGUCUCCCCGCCCAGUUCGGAAACGUCGCGAUCGCAUCAUUUUCAAACGGAUGAAGAACUCCUUGCUCAACCUGUCGGCAAUCUCACGGAAGAAGAGAAAAAACUACGUCGACGCGCGCAAGUGGCCAAGAGUGCCCGCAAACACCGCAAAGGUGUCAAAGAAGAGCUGGAAAUGCUGCGGCAACAAGUCAAGUAUUUACAAGAACAAAUGGCGUUGAAAUGCGCCGUUGUUGAGGAAGAUGAUGUUGCCCGAAAGCGCAAGAAGGCCGAAAAUGGUGGCACGUCGCCUACUGCCACUACCGUCAUGUCCACUACUUCGACCUCCCCGCAAACUUCCUUCCAUCAUAUUUACUCGCACCUCAACUCCAACGUCGACGACCGGCGACUGGCUCUGAUCAACCUCGCCGAUCGUACCAUGAUUCAUGCUGUCUCAAUGGUGAUGGCAGACCAGACACGGGAAUUCCCAUACUUCGAUGUGUCGCUGAACAACCGCGGCCCCGACAUGCAGUUCCAACUCGUGCGCGGCAAGAUCAUUCCUGGAGUCGACCAUCGCACACUGACGUUGGCAUGCUGGAACUCGGUGCUGGACUUUUCGUUUGACAUUCAGAGACGAUCGCUGAAGGGGCUCGUCGAGUAUGAGAAAAUCAUGAACUUGGACGACGACACAAGGUAUGGCCGCAUCAAGAUCCCCAUCCUCAAGUCGAGCAAGAAGGACAAGCAGCUGAUCUUCAUGGAGUCGCUCUUCCUUGUGCGCCGCAAGAUUUAUGACAACCACUCGGUGAUCAUGUGGAGCUCAAUUGACAGCGACGACUUGUUUCCCGAAAAAGGAGACGGCAACACGCUGCGCAAUGUGGAAAUGGGCUGUGCUGUCCUCGAUGACAAGACGAUGCCGAACGGCGAAAAACGCACAAUCAUGCGAUGUGUGGUUCGGUCAAUGCCACCCGUUCGCGCCCUCGCCGAACCCCGCGGCAAAAUCAGCGAAGCGUUCCUGACUACGUGGUGUCGAUGCUCGGACUUUUUCGACGACGUGACACGAAUGGAGCUGCAGAAGUUUGCCGCACGACAAAGCUCCACGACGACCAUCCAACGUCAGUAGGAUAUAACUUGAUUAUUAUUACCACCACCUCGCCCUUCCA